AUGCUUCUCGUCUACCAGAUCGGGAGCGUCAAGAUCGGAGAGGUCGUCCGCUACACCGUCACCUACACCCCCUCCCAGGACCGAAUUCUGCCCUCGCCCGAGCGCCUCUACCUGCGUGUUCGCAACACCUCGGCCAUCGCCUUGCGCGCCGCCUUCGUUCACGGGCCCUAUACCCUGGCCGCCGCCGCCUACCCUUCCAACUUCAACCCCAACGUCAAGUUUGCGAACCCCCGCCGCUAUGGCGUCCCCGAAUUCGAACCCAUGCUCAAGGCCGGCGGCUCGUGGGAGUGCGAGCUGGUCGUGCCGGAGCACAUACGCCAAAGCGCGGGCACCGGAGGCGGCGGCCAUUUUGGCGGUGCCGCUCCCGGAGCCCAGGAGGCCGAGAGCGCCUCGUGGAUCGUCGAGGUGUCGUCGCAGGUCAUUUUCUCAACCUCCGCCGCCGUCGGGUACGAGGUGACGCUCGCUAGGGACGCAAAGUCGCUGAACCUGAGCUCCUCCUUGCCCGUCAUUGGCGGCCAGGCUCAGGUGCCGCAGCCCGGCAAGGUGGCCGACCAUCAGCAGAGCAUGGGCGCCAAGGACGGCCACCAUCCGGCCCAGCCGAAGGGCGUUUUCUCCAAAGCCAUCCGCCUCAAGGUUGAGGACACAGCCUCCCUGUGGAACACUCCGAGGCUUCCGGGUUGGGACGACCUCAACGUAGACCGGCUCAAGAGUCGCUCCAAGAAGGACCAGUCUGUGGAGAGCGUCAACACCCAAGAACGGCCGCUGGAGGAGGAGUUCGAGGAGAAGCAGAAGAAGGUGCACUUAGUCGUUUUGACCCAUGGCCUGCAUAGCAACUUGGGGGCGGACAUGCUGUAUUUAAAAGAGAGCAUCGAUCAGACAGUCGCGCAGGCUAAGAUUGAUGCCAAGGCCAGGCGCGCCAAGGAGCGCGCCGAGAAGGAGGCCAGAGAAAACGGGGACGCCCCAAAAGGCGCCACACACGAGACCGGAGACAAGGCCCAAGACAAGGCCCAAGACGAUAGCCCUGCAGAAGAUGAUGGGGACGAUGAAGAGGUCAUUGUGCGUGGCUUCUCGGGUAAUGCGACAAGGACAGAAAGGGGUAUCAAAUACCUGGGUAAGAGACUGGCUAGGUACAUUCUCUCCAUGUCGUAUCCCGACCAGCCGUUUCUGCCCUCAAAGAAGGGCCACACAGAGUCGGCAGUCGCUGCCGUCCUGCACAAAUCUGAACCAGACAACAACAGCAAGCCAUCCCAUAGACGCAGCACGAUACACAAAGAAGAAGCCAACGAGAAACGCCCUUUCAGAAUUACCAGCAUCAGCUUCAUCGGCCACUCACUGGGCGGCCUGAUACAGACAUACGCCGUCGCAUAUAUCCAGAAGCACUCACCCGAGUUCUUCACCCUAAUUAAGCCAAUCAACUUCGUCGCUCUGGCCACGCCCUUCCUCGGCCUUAGCAAUGAAAACCCCCUGUACGUCAAGUUCGCCCUGGACUUUGGCCUAGUCGGCAGGACGGGUCAGGAUCUUGGUCUCACGUGGCGGGCGCCCACCAUCGCGAGGAGCGGCUGGGGCGCCAUCGUCAGCAACCUCGGCGAGAGCGCACACAAGAGGGUCAUGGGCGAGGUCCAACCCGAGUCCAAGCCUUUGCUGCGGAUUCUGCCGACUGGUCCGGCCCAUACGGCGCUGAAGAAGUUCCGCAAUCGCACCGUCUACUCGAAUGUUGUCAAUGACGGUAUUGUCCCGCUGAGGACCAGCUGUCUCCUGUUCCUCGACUGGCAGGGCCUGGGCCGCGUGGAAAAGGCACGGCGAGACGCCGGUCUGGUUGAGACGCUGGUGGGCGCUGGCUGGGCCGAACUGACGGGCGGAAGCCUGGCACCAACACCACGGAGAUCCAGCGCUCUGCCUCCGGACGACGAGCAGCCCGUGGACGAUCACUCCGGCAACAUCACGCCGACGGCUCCGGCUAACGCCGUCGAGGUGCCGCAGCCGCCGCGGAAUGCGAUGAUGGAGGACGAUCAGGCCAGUCUUCGGUCGGUGCCCACGCCUUACAACGAAGCAGGGCCCGAUGGCGUCAAGGACAAUUCCAACAGCGGGCCGUUUGCCGGUUUCUUCUCCCUCUUCAAGGGCAACGAGCAGGCGCAGCCCAAGACGCAGCCCAAGACGCCCAGCAUGUCCAACAAGCAGCACAAGAUUUACAAGCGGAGUCAGACGAUCAAUUUCGAUGAUAUCCCACAGACCUCCGGGUCCAAGGUGACUGCAGGCCAUGAGCUGGAGCGAGACCAGCACAUUGCGCCGCCGAGGACGAGCUUCUUCGAGUCCGCACACGACCUGAUCAACCCCAAGAUCCCCACCACCGAGUACCUCAUCGACCCCUCUAAGCGCCCAAGGGCCAUCUUUCACGACCGCGUCUACCACCCAUCGGACAUCCCGCCGCCGCCCCUCAAGAAGAAGCCCACAGGCUCACUGGCGUCUCGCAGAGGUACCUUUAGGCGGGCUGCGUCAACGGGCUCGGGCGGGUCGAGGACUAGUACCGAUUCGUCUCCCCACGCGUCGCAACGUUUCUCGCACGAAGGCACCAUGGACUCGACGCGCGACUACGACGACACGGCCCACACGAAUCCCGACAAGGGUCCAGACGAGGAAAUCGAUGGUUCGCAGAUGCGGGUCGAGGAGAAGAUUGCUCGCGCCUACCACCGCGGCCUGGCGUGGCGGAAGGUGCUCGUCAAGCUAGAACCCGACGCUCACAACAAUAUCAUCGUGCGUCGCAUGUUUGCCAACGCCUACGGUUGGCCCGUCGUGAAGCAUCUCGUCGACGCCCACUUCAGCGAUUCCGCUACCGCCCGGACUCGUGACGAAGACGAGUCGGCUGGCGAGCUAGCGCUCGACAUAGGCCAGGCACCGAACAAGUAUGGGGACGAGGUCAGGGACAGUGGCGUAGCAUCCAACGACGGCGCAAGCGAUAGGCGGUCCGCUGGUCUGUUGUCUCCCAAUUCCCAACGCGAAGCGGAAGACGUGGUGCCGGACAUGCAGGCACCGCCCAAACGCCGCUCGUCGUCACGCAGCUCUUCGACCAGUCCGCCCCGGGUGGUCACCAGAUCGCCUAGGCCGCGGACGGAACGGGUUGAUUCUGUGACAUGGAGUGACCGGGACUGGGCGGACAGCGACGACAGCGACACGACGGCCACGACAGCCAGUGCCAGGAGUCCCAAGGACACCGAGUUCAAAGACAAGGACGGUAACCGGUCGACGACGCCGCUCGGGGGCUGGAACUGGACAGAGAAGAUUGUGGGCAGGGGAGGGGCAACCCGCAAGACAUCGCCCAAGCCGGACGUCAAGAGCGGCGACGAAGUCGGCGGCGGCGUGGAUUAA